AUGCAGACUGGUUUGUGGCCAAUGGAGCGGAGAUGCAUGGAGCCAGUUAUCGAGGCCAAGCGCACCGCCUUCCUCAAGUACAAAAAUAAUCCAUCGACGAGGAACCUUGAGGCUCUUAGAAAAGCCAGGGGCAAGGCGCAGCAAACAGCACGACACUGCGCAAACAACUACUGGCUCAAACUCUCCUCCAGCAUACAAGCCGCCUCCGACACAGUGUCAGAAGAGGCUCUGAAUGGCAUCGCAAGCCUGGCUGUGAUGGAGGAGCUUGACAAAGGACCCUACGAAGAGGAGCUUAGCAAAGCCAUUGACAGACUCGCUUGCGGCAAGGCCCCAGGUGCUGAUGGGAUAACACCUGACAUCAUCCAACUUGGGAAACCAACCCUUUUGCCAUAUCUUCACGACCUCCUCUGCCUUUGCUGGAAUGAAGAAGCCGUCCCCCAGGACAUGUGUGACGCCAAAAUCGUCACGCUGUACAAGAACAAGGGUGACCGCAACGACUGUAACAACUACCGCGGCAUCUCUCUGCUCAGCACUGUGGGAAAGGUCUUCACACGCGUUGCCCUUAUCAGGCUCCAGCUUCUGGCAGAGCGCGUCCACCCUGAGUCACAGUGUGGCUUCAGGGCAGCAAGAUCCACGGUGGAUGAUCUAUCUUCAACCUUCGACAACUGCAGGAGAAAUGCUAUUGCAGCUCUAGCAUCCCACACAGAGACAGGGCUCCAGCAGUUGGUGGACAGGCUCUCUUAUGCAUGCAAGGAGUUCGCCCUCACCAUCAGCAUUAAGAAGACCCAUGUCAUGGGCCAAGAAGUCGAAAACACACCCUCCAUCUCUAUUGACAACAAGACUCUAGACUGUGUGGGCACCUUCACGUACCUCGGCUCAACAGUCUCCAGCAACCUGUCACUUGACGCAGAACUGAGUACCCGUCUUGCCAUGGCCGCCAGAGUGGCCAGGCUGGCAAAGAGAGUGUGGACAAGAACCUAA